AUGAGACUGUUUAAAAAUAUUAGUUCUAGUGCUACUAGUUUUUUCUUUAUAGCAUCAUCCUUACUGUUAUUAUUCAAUUCAUUUAAAAUAGUAGCAACAGCACAUGAAGGUAUGGAUGAUAAUGACCAGCUUACCUCGGUUGAUACACAGAAUAACGAAAUGGACUCACCCGAGAUUGUUCCUAUCCCCCAUGAAGUAAUGCAUAUGCAUGGUGUACCAAUACUACAAAAAAGUUUAACUGCGGCGGAAAGAUUGUAUUGGGAAAAUUAUGAUACCACCACAUACUUUACUGAUUCUACUUUAGGCAAUAGAAAUGCAUUUUGGUAUCACGUAUUUUCCUUAGUUUUAUCUGCAUUUGUUUUAUAUCCUAUAUGUUUAGCUUUGAAUAACAUAGGGUCAAAUUGGUACCUACCUAUAUUAACCUUAACCGAAAUCAUGAUCAUUUCCAGUUUAUUUUCAUUGUCCAUAUUUGAUUCCAGUGUCACAGAAAGUUUAUACCCACAUCACAUUUAUAGAGUUUUUUCAUGGAUAUUGUUUUUCAUUGUACAAUUACACUAUGCGAGCGCAGUUCUACUAAGAGCCUUUAAAUGGAUUAGCGGCAACAAGGGGGGUAACAUUGAAGAUAGUGGCGAAUUUUAUCCAUUGGGCAAUUAUUAUCGUGAUGAACCAGAUGAAGAAGAGGAACAUUUAAGUUCAUCACCUGCCACUACUCUGACUAACAAUAGAUCGAGUAGUAAUUCGACAGAAUCUGUAGCCAAUGAUAUAACAGCUGAUUUGGAAUCCAGCAGUGAGCGAUUAUUCUCCUUAAAUGCCCAUCGUUUUAAGGGUAAAAUGUCUUUGAAAAGAGAUUCCAUAUUGAGUAAAGUUUUCUCCAACCCAACAAUAAAAAAACUAUCACUGAAUUUUUCCACCUUGGCAUCAAUUAUCUUUCAUCUAUUAAAUUAUUUUUUGUUCUUAUUUUUGUUGGUUGAUGUGUUUGUUGGUUUGGCUGUAGGCAAUUUGUUUGGCAAAGGCUUGCAUAUUUUCAACUUAUUGGCGCACUGGAUUAAAGGUGGAGUGUUCUUUUUAUUGGGUGUUAUUUCAUUGGCUAGAUAUUGUGGGUUUGGCGCAGACAAAGGUUGGGCAUGGAACGCUUUUUACAUUUCUGAUUCUGAUGUUUCUAGGCUUUCUAAUGCUCUUCCACGUGGUGGUAUUACUUUAGAAGGUGUUGAAAGCUUUUUGAUCUUUUUUUAUGGUUCAACAAAUGUUUUUCUGGAACAUCUUGCUUCUCAGGAUGGGAUCUGGACUCCAAAAGAUUUACAACACAUUUCAAUUGCGUUUUUAUAUAUCGGUGCUGGUCUUUGCGGUAUUUUGGUAGAAAUAUUUUUAAAUACUUGGAAGUUUGAACACGCAAAGGCAACAUUGGGAUUAUCUAACGUCAAGGUAGCUAAUUUAGGAUUUUCUCCCAACCCAUUACCUGCCUUUACGAUAUUCUGGACGGGUAUUCUAAUGUCUAAACAUGCACAAACCUCGGAACUAUCCACUGCUAUUCAUGUUCAGUGGGGGAGCAUGUUGUCUUAUGGUUCAUUUUUCAGAGUUUUCACCUUUUUAUAUUUAUUAUUUGUUCCAACUCAUUGUGCUAGAACGUUGCCCAGCCAGCCUCUGACUGAGUUAAUAACCUCGUUCUGUUUGAUGGGUGGUGGGUUGAUCUUUAUGGAAAGUACUGAUCAAGUUAUUGAAGCUAUGGAAUAUAGAGGAUAUACUGAAAUGUUUACUUUUAAUUUGAGUUUAGGUGUUGUAACUCUGAUUAUGAGUUGGGAAAUGAUGCUUUUCAUGUGGAAAGGUUGGUUAAAAAAGAGGAUGAUGAAUAAUUGA